AUGAAGAGGGACCGGCGUGGUGGUGGUGGGGGUGGUGGUGGGGGAGGGAGAGGGAGAGCGGCGGCGGUGGUGCUGAGGGUGGGGGUCGCGACCCGGCGGAGGGGGAGACCCGGAGCCGGGCCCCGUAGGAGGAGGAGGAGGGGGAGCGGAGGAGGAGGGGGAGGACGGGGAUGCGAUCCGAAGCGUGUGGAUGGGGGGCGAGAGGGAGAUGGAAGAGGAGGAGGAGGAGGAGGGGACGGACCGGGUGGGCGCUUGAUCGGAGCCCCCGUCCCCGCCGCCGAGAGCGACGCCAGGCAACCGGGCUCCUUCUGCCGCCUCUGCCACGGAAGGUUCUCGCCCCGGCGCCUCCGGCACGCCUUCGGGAAGCCCCGGGCCGGCGAGGAAGAAGAGGAGGAGGAAGAGGAGGAGGACGGAGGAGAGGAGGAGGAGGAGGAGGAGGAGGGGGCGGCGCCGUUCUGCGCCGACUUCCGGCGGCUGCUGGGCGUGGCUCUGAGCCGCGACCCCGCCCUCUCGGCGUACGUCUGCGGCGGGUGCCGCGCGGAGUUCUACAGGUGCCGGCGGGUGCUCCGCGCGUUCCUGCGCCGGGCCAACCUGCCGCCGCCGGCGCAGGCGGGCCGCGACGGGGAGGAGGAGGAGGAGGAGGACGGCUGCUCGUCCGCGCCCCGCCCCGCCCCGGCGGCCCCGAUCGCGUGCCCCCCCCGGCGCCUGGGCGGGCUGGUCUCCUGGGCGCACCGGCACGCGGCGGGCUGCGGGUCGCGACCCCGUCUGCGGGAGGCGCUGGGCGAGCGCUUCGGCGGGGAGGUGCGGGCCGUGUGGAGGUGCGCCGGCGGGCACAGCUACGCGCUGCUGGGGCGGGCGCGGCCCCCCGGGGGCGGGGCCGGGGGAGGGGCCGGGGGCGGGGCCCCGGGGUCGGACCGCGCCCCGUCGCCCGGGGGCGGGGCCGGCGCCGCAGCUUACGGCUGCUGCGGACUCAUCCCUGUGCCUCCCCCGCUGACCUGCCGACGUCCGCCGUCUCCCCUAGGGCCCCUCCGGGGGGAGGAGACGGCCACGCCCGCCCCCGCCGACCCCGUGGACGGGGCGGGGGACAGCGACCUCUCGGACAGGAACUUCUCCAGCGAGGAUGAGGAGGACGACCGGAGGAAGGGCACGUCGUCGGACGAGCUGUUCGAGCCGUUCCCCGAGAAACGGGUCAUAUCCCCGAAGAAGGGGGUCCGGGAGGCGAAGGCGGCCGAGCCGAAGGUGAGGAAGAAGCCGGGCCCCAAACCGGGCUGGAAGAAGAAGACGAAGUCCGAGAGGGAGGAGCUCCCGAACAUCUACAAGUGCCCGCACCAGGGCUGCACGGCGGUGUACCGCGGAGCCGACGGCAUGAAGAAACACAUCAAGGAGCACCACGAGGAGGUGCGGGAGAGACCCUGCCCCCACCCGGGCUGCAACAAGGUGUUCAUGAUCGACCGCUACCUGCAGCGGCACGUCAAGCUAAUACACACGGAGGUGCGGAACUACAUCUGCGACCAGUGCGGCCAGACCUUCAAGCAGCGGAAGCACCUGUCCGUCCACCAGAUGCGCCACUCCGGGGCCAAGCCGCUGCAGUGCGAGGUUUGCGGCUUCCAGUGCCGCCAGCGGGCGUCGCUCAAGUACCACAUGACCAAGCACAAGGCGGAGGCGGAGCUGGAGUUCGCCUGCGGCCGCUGCGGCCGGCGCUUCGAGAAGGCGCACAACCUCAACGUGCACACGUCCAUGGUGCACCCGCUGACGCAGCCGCCGCCGCCGCCGGGGGGGCGCGGGGUCGCGGCCCGCGGGCGGGGCGGGAGAGCCCCCGCACAGAAAGGACUGCGUAAAGCCGGCGGGCUGAUCUCGGAUCAGCGGCCGCGGAGCCGCCCCUGUGCCGUUAACCGUGGUCCCGCCGGGGGGGGAGCUGUUCUGGGAUCAGCGGCUGUGUCACUGACCCCUGUCCCGCCCGGGGGGGAGGAGAGAGCGAGCUGUUCUAGGAUCAGCGGGUGCAACGCCGCCCCUGUGCCGUUAGCCGUGGUCCCGCCGGGGGGGAGCUGUUCUGGGAUCAGUGGCGGCGUCACUGACCCCUGUCCCGCCCGGGGGAAAGAGCUGUUCUGGGAUCAGCGGACGUGUGACUGA